AUUGCAUGUGUCCUAUUGGCUGCAGCAUAUUCAAGCUGGAAUUGCAGCUCUCACCUGAUUGGCUGAGGCAGCAGGUGAUGCUAAAUCUAGAGAGCAGCCUGAUAAGCACACACUCACGUGCAUCUGCUAUCAUCCUCCUCCAGCACUUCCAGCUCCAUCAGUACUGCUGAGACUCUUCCAGGAUUAGCAGCGACCCAAGUUUCAGGAGAAAGAACGGCAGCAUGUCCAUCGCGGUGAAGGAGAAGACAGAUGUGCGCCUGGUGUUUCUAGGAGCAGGUGGAGUGGGUAAGACAGCCCUCAUACACCGCUUCCUCCAAGACACCUUUGAUCCAAAACAUCGGCGGACGGUGGAGGAGAUCCACAGGAAGGAAUAUGAGGUAGGAGACGUCAAAGUCACCAUCAACAUCAUCGACACCAGCGGCAGCUACUCCUUCCCCGCCAUGCGCAAGCUCUCCAUCCAGACCGGCGACGCCUUUGCCCUGGUCUACUCCGUGGAUGACCCUGAUUCCCUGGAGACGGUCAAGAGGCUGCGAGAUGAGAUCAUAGAGCUCAAAGAGGACAAGCACGCACCCAUCGUGGUGAUCGGAAACAAGAUCGACCGCCACAAUGAACGGUUGGUGUCCAGCAGGGACGUGCUGGCCAUGGUGGAGCUGGACUGGGACCACAUCUUUGUGGAAUCCUCGGCUAAGGACAACAUCAACGUUCUGGAGGCUUUCAUGGAGCUGCUUCAGCAGACCGACCUCCCCAGUCAGCUGCGGCCAGCUCUGUGCCGGAGGCGGGAAACCCUCCCCGAGAAGGGCAGCAAACACCCUCCGAUGAACAAGACCAACAGCUGCCUCAUCUCAUAGAGACUCAGAGACAAGAGAAGCAGCUGGAAAAAAAACAGAAAGGUGUUUUUCUGGCUGACACACACCCACAAAAAAAAAAAAAGAAACUUGGAAGGUGAGGAUGGCAGUUGACCCAGAAUGUAAACCAGGAAAAUAAAAAUUCAAUGAAAGUAGGAAUAUUGACAGUCUAGAUAAUUUGUCACUGACAACCUGCAUUUUAAUGUUCAGUAGCUUACAAAAACGCAAAACUACACUAAGGAAGAAGUGAAGACGAACUUUUACAGUUGUCAAAUGAAAUAGUUGGAACUAACAUCCAACAGUGAGAUUGUGAUCAAAUGAAGUUGUUUAAAGACUUGUGCAUCUCUGUAUCUGUUACAUACCCGCACUGUUUCCCUGUUACUCUCCUCUUAAAAACCCAGUUUGUCUUGAAAUAAACCAUAAAUCAUUUGUA